UUAAAGUUGGCAGUCGGAGCUGCAGUAAAGCUAGCAUAACUCCCGUCCAUUUACAUCGGAAAAACUAAGUGAAAUCAAAACCGAGGAGCGACAUAGGUCACACGAGUUAUCUGGAAUCAAUUUCAAUAAUAAUAUUAUUGCAAUCGCAACAAUCACAACUGAAAUCCACAACAAUGCAGGCGAACGCUUUUCACAAGAUGUUUCUACUGCUUCCGCUCGCGCUUUUUCAAACGGCAAAUGGUGCCCAAUGGAAUUACCUGAAGCAAGGAACGGACUGGGGAGGCCUCUGCUCCUCCGGAAAAUCCCAAUCACCGAUUGCGUUGGAUAGAAACACCGCAUAUAAGAAAGCAUUACCUGCAAUCUUUUUCGGGAACUAUUACCAACAGCUUACGAACCCAGUAUGGAUUCGGAAUAAUGGACACACAAUUACCUUGGAAAUAACCAAAACAAUCAAUGGAAGGCUACCCUAUAUAUCCGGGGGCCGUUUGAAGGGUCGCUACUUGGCCUCUAAUCUUCACUUUCAUUGGGGAUCCAAUAAUUCCCGCGGAGCCGAGCAUUUAAUACAAAGAUUGCGAUAUUAUGGAGAAAUCCAUAUUGUUCAUUGGAACGAAAAGUACAAAAAUGUUGCGGAAGCAGCUGAACAAAAAGAUGGUUUGGCUGUUGUUGCCGUUCUGAUGUCCAUUGAUAAGAAAAGAAGAACAAAAUCCGAAACCUUGAUCAGUCUUAUGGAGUCAGUCGUACGGAUUCCGAUCAUAGAUUCGAACACUUCUUAUCAUGGUUUUCUUAGUUUGGAUGAGUUGAUUGACAGUCCGAAUCUCAAAGACUUCUUCUCCUACGAUGGCUCUCUGACCACGCCCAAUUGCUACGAGGCGGUCAUCUGGAUUGUUUUUACCGAAAUUACGUUUGUGGGCCUUACACCCUCAUCAAAGUUUUGGUUAUUGACAGACGAUGCGGGCAACCAGCUGGUCAACAACUAUCGUUCUCUACAGCAUCUAAACGGGCGAACUGUGUUUUAUAGGGUUAAAAAAAAUAGGAAAUAAACUAAAUACAAUA